AUGAAACUGGAAAUACACAGUAAUCGAGGCACUGAAAAAAAUCAAAGAUGCAUCAGUCAAGGAUUUCUCAAUUUCAUCAUAUCAAAUUAUUCUGAACGUCUUCUUCCUCCAGCGAAAUUCCUUCCUCUUCAACCUUUGAUAAGUGAAACUGGUUUAAUUUUCCUAUUAAACCGUCUUCCAUUGAGCUUGAGACUGACGGGAAAUGGAAUCCUCACACCUCAAGAGCUCUACCCUUUCAAAUCUGAAAAUCAAACAAAGAAACCAAGCAGCACAAGAGACCCACCGAAAGGAAAGGAAGUAAAAAAGAGACGCACCACCUUAAAAAAACCCUAA